CAGUUUCAGUUGCAGCAAUCUGUUGUCUGUUACAUAUCGAAAUUCCUCUUUUUUCGUGAUCAAUCAAUUUAAAAUACUAAAAACCCACUGUAAGGUUCAGAGUUUUGAAACAUUCUUGCUUUUUUUUAUUUUUUGCUUUUGUGUGCUCAAUAGUAGUCAAUACUGGAAGAAAAUUCUGGGUUUUUUGCUGGUAGCCUCGGAAAUAGCUUGCUCCUGGAUUGAAAAAAAAGAAGUGAUGGGUUUUGCGUAAUAGCUUCAAGUGUUUGAAUUAUUGUGAAGGAAAGAGAAGUCACUUGGAGUGUUUUCUGUGAUCAAUUAGUUGAUUUGAUUUUGAGAAUUUAAUUUUGGGAGAUGGCAAUGUCCUGCAAGGAUGCUAACAAGGCGGCUGCUGCAGCUGUGGGGAUUAUGGAUAAUGGCAAGUAUGUUAGGUAUACGCCUGAGCAGGUUGAAGCACUGGAAAGGCUCUAUCAUGAGUGUCCUAAGCCCAGCUCCAUUCGCCGCCAACAGCUCAUUCGCGAAUGCCCUAUUCUCUCCCACAUUGAGCCUAAGCAAAUCAAAGUCUGGUUCCAGAAUCGUAGAUGCAGAGAGAAACAGAGGAAAGAGGCAUCGAGGCUUCAAUCAGUGAAUAGGAAGCUAUCGGCCAUGAACAAACUCCUAAUGGAAGAGAAUGAUAGAUUACAGAAGCAGGUGUCACAACUGGUUUAUGAAAACGGUUACUUUCGGCAGCAUACUCAAAAUAAUGCACUUCCUACUAAAGACACAAGUUGUGAAUCAGCGGUGACGAGCAGUCAACAACACCGCUUGACACCUCAGCAUCCGCCAAGGGAUGCAAGUCCUGCAGGGCUUUUGUCCAUUGCAGAAGAGACUUUAACAGAGUUUCUUUCAAAGGCUACUGGAACUGCUGUUGAGUGGGUCCAAAUGCCUGGAAUGAAGCCUGGUCCGGAUUCCAUAGGAAUCGUUGCUAUUUCUCAUGGUUGCACUGGUGUGGCAGCAAGAGCUUGUGGCCUGGUUGGUCUAGAGCCAACAAGGGUGGCAGAAAUCCUGAAGGAGCGUCCUUCUUGGUUUCGCGAUUGCCGGGCUGUGAAUGUUCUUAAUGUGCUGCCUACUGCCAAUGGUGGAACCAUUGAACUUAUAUAUAUGCAGCUAUAUGCGCCAACAACUUUGGCGCCAGGUCGUGACUUUUGGCUGUUACGCUAUACUUCUGUCAUGGAUGAUGGCAGUCUAGUGGUAUGUGAAAGAUCACUUGGCAAUACUCAAAACGGUCCAAGCAUGCCUCCUGUGCCGAACUUUGUGAGAGCUGAAAUGUUGCCAAGUGGUUAUUUAAUUAGACCAUGUGAGGGCGGAGGUUCAAUUAUCCACAUUGUCGAUCACAUGAAUUUGGAGGUAAAGUUGUUUCUGCCUUCUCUAACAUUUUACAACCUCAUCCAUGAUUGAACUGUUUCUUCGACUUUCCUCUGCUUCUAAAAC